AUGUUGGGUGCAGAAGGCUACAUACUCUUGUCUAGUCUGUGUGCUCCUGAUCUUCCUGGGAUAAAAGAGUAUCCAGUGUUGGUUAAGUUGAUGUCAGAUCAUCUUAAGCCCAAGCCAAGUUUCAUCACCGAGAGGUUCCGUUUCAACAUGUGUAACCAGACUGAAGGUCAAACUGUUAGCGAGUACAUUGCCACUCUGAAAGAACUAUCGACUUAUUGUGAGCAUGGUACUGGGUUAAACGAUGCAUUGAGGGAUCGUCUCGUAUGUGGAUUACGAAACAAAACUACGAGGAAGAAGUUGCUGAGCGAAAAGAAUCUGACGUAUGAACGAGCAGUCGAGAUAGCCAUCAGUGACGAGGCUGCCAUUCGAGACACUGGGGAGAUGGAGACACAGAGGACUACAGGGUCAUUGAACUUCGUACAACAACAGAGUCGCGGAGAAAGGUCAUUUGAGUUCAGUUUGUACAGCAAACAGUGGAAAUUCAGAUCGUAUACUGGUGCCCCACUAAUACCAUUGGGAGUGCUGAAGGUCAAUGUGGAAUAUCGGGGAAAAUCUCGUGAAUUGGAUCUUUUUGUAAUGCCUGGAUCAAGCGGACCAAUUGUUGGAGGUGAAUGGAUCAGAGCGUUGGAAAUACCCUUGGUUGAGGGGUGCAACAACGUUAAUAUCAAAAGAGUUUCAAAUGAAGGUAGUAUAGAUGUUGAUAAUUUGAAAAAAGAUUUUCCAUCGGUAUUCACUGAGAAGUUAGGUCGUUUCAAUGGGGGAACUUUCAAAUUGGAAUUGAAGGCUGAUAGUAAGCCUAUUUUUGUCAAACCAAGGGUAUUGCCAUACGCAAUGAUGGACAAAGUAGAACAGGAAUUACGAAGAUUAGUUGAAAAUUAUGUUAUUUAUCCAGUGGAGUCUAGCGAAUGGGCGACUCCAGUAGUCCCAGUGAUUAAAGACAGUGGGGAAAUUCGUAUUUGUGGAGAUUACAAGACAACCCUUAACAAAUGUAUUAAAGUUGACAAAUAUCCAAUUCCUCGUAUCUCAGAUUUGUUGUCAAAGAUUAAUGAGGGAAAAGUCUAUGGCAAAAUUGAUCUCAGUCACGCUUAUCAGCAAGUUGAGCUGGAUAAAGAUUCACAACUAUUAACAAACAUCUCUACCUAUAAGGGUUUAUUCGCUUAUAAACGUCUGUGUUUUGGGGUUGCUUCAGCACCUGGUUUAUUUCAAAGAUUGAUGGAAAAACUUCUCUCUGGUAUUCCAGGAGUGAUAGUUUUUUUUUAUGACGUUUUAGUCUUUGGUUCUACCCAGGAUGAACACUUUAAGCGGUUGUUAAUGGUGUUAAACAAGUUGAAAGAGUCUGGAUUAACUGCAAAAUUUGAAAAAUGUAAAUUUUUUGCAAGUGAAGUUAAAUUUUUGUGUUUCAAGAUUGACCAAGAUGGCAUUCAUGCACUACCUGAUAAAGUAAAAGCAAUUAAUGAAAUUCAAAUUCCUAAGGAUGUUACAGAGCUCAAAAGGUUUCUUGGAAUGGCAAAUUAUUAUUCGAAGUUUGUUAAGAAUUAUACAGAAAUUGUUUCACCUCUGUACGAACUGCUCAAGGGUGGUAUUAAGUGGUUUUGGUCAAGAAAGCAACAAUCAGCUUUUGAUGAGAUUAAGAAGAAAUUAAUCUCUAGUGAAGUGCUAAUGCACUAUAUUCAUCAUCUUCCAAUUAAAAUCACUUAUGAUGCAUCUCCUGUGGGUCUUGGGGCAGUGUUGUCUUAUAUCUUACCCGAUAAGAGAGUUAGACCAGUGGCGUUCUUUUCGAGAUCAUUAACUCGAGCAGAGAAAAAUUAUUCACAACUUGAUAGAGAGGCUUUAGCCUUGGUUUUUGUGGUGAAAUCGUGUCACCAAUUUGUUUGGGGUAGGAAUUUUUUACUAGAGACAGAUCACAAGCCACUUAAAUACAUUUUUGAUCCAAAUAAGAGUCUCCCAAGCAAUGUAGCAGGGAGAGUACAGAGGUGGGCAGUCUUUCUCGCUGCUUAUGAUUUUACUUUGCAAUAUAUUGAAGGUAAAACAACCUGGAGUGCUGAUUGUCUAUCGAGAGCCCCGAUUUUAAGGGGAGAGGAAAGUGAUAUGAUUGAGGGGUUUUCAUACAUUAAUUUCAUAGAAGCUGAAGCGAAAAUGAUUGAUAUGGAGUUGAUUAAAUCUGAGCUAAGUAAAGAUGAGAUUUUGAGUGACGUAAUUGAGUAUGUUAAAGUUGGUUGGCCUAGUAAAGUUGAUAGUUAUUUGGAGAGUUAUAAGAGACGAGAAAAGGAAUUAUAUCUAGAAGACAAUUGUCUAAUGUUAGGUAGUAGAGUCAUAAUUCCAAGAUCAUUGCGAGCAAUGGUUCUUAGAGAACUCCAUGCUACUCAUAUGGGUAUUGUAAAGAUGAAGUCUCUUGCUCGAUCCUUUGUCUGGUGGCCGGGUAUCGAUGAUGAUAUCGAAAGAAUAACAAAGAAAUGUGAGCUUUGUUUGGAAAGUUCCACAAAUCCUUCUAUUGCGGCAUUAAAUUCAUGGAAGUGGCCAGAAGGACCGAACAUGAGAAUUCAUGUUGACUUUCUACAGAUUGGUGAUAAAAUGUACCUGGUUAUUAUUGAUGCAUUUUCCAAAUGGAUUGAUGUUAAGAGUAUGAAAGACAUUACGACGAAACGAACAGUAUUAAUGUUACAGGAGUACUUUGCAGCGUGGGGUUUUCCAGUAGUAUUAGUUAGUGACAAUGGUCCUAGCUUGGUAUCCGAAGAGUUUGAGUCAUUCCUCAAGAGUUGUGGGAUUCUUCAUGUUCAAACUGCUCCUUAUCAUCCAGCAUCAAAUGGUGCUGCCGAAAAUAUGGUUAAAACAUUGAAAAAACAGUUCAAAUUGUUAUUGAAAGAAGGUUGUAAAGAAGACGUAGCCUUAUAUCGAGUCUUGUUGUGUUAUCGAUCCACGUCACAUUGCACUACAGGUUGUACUCCUGCAGAGCUUCAGAUUGGUAGACCUCUAUGGACCCGUUUCGACUUCAUGAGACCUAACUUGAGAAGUGACGUCAUCCAGCAACAAGAGAGACAGCAGCAGCAUGCUCCAGGUGUUAAGCUGAGAUCGUCUGAUCUGGCAGAUAUGGUUGUUGCUAAGGACGUCAUGACGAAUAGGUGGAUUUAG